AUACGUGUCGGUCCGGUCCGCUGGUAAAACACGAUCUAAAUUACGACGGCUGUAUCGCAUGCGCUGGAUCGAUCGAGAGAGAAGAAUUGGCCUAGCCUAGGCCUAGGUCCUUAAUCAUGGCCUUGUUUAUACCGAAAAUACUGAGUUCCAUCAUAAGAGUGUCAAAUUCUGUAGCAUCUUCAUCUGGCAGAAAUUUUCAUACUCAAGCAGGUGGCUUAGCAUUCCAUUUCACCCAAAUUCUAAAUGCGGAGCCUCCAAAGAAGAAGAAGAAAGCAGAUCCGAAGCUGGAACAGAUGAGGAAGCAGCGUAUGAUCAAACGACUAAGGAAGGUCCAAUUCAAGAUGGGGGCUGCUGAAUUGAAACCUGUACAGGAGUUCAGUAUAGACCGCAAAUUGAAAGAAGAAACAAGGAAACGGGAUUUACCAGAAAUAACGUACGAGGAGAGUGAGAGACGAGCAUUGCUUCAAAAAGAAUGGUCAAAGUAUAAAUUCCAACUGCAUUGUGACGAAAUGAAGUACAUCAAAUCAAUGUUGAAAUCGCAACAGAAAGCACUUGAAGAACUGAAAUAUGAGUCUGUAGAGUUAUAUGAACUUGCCAUGACAACAGAUAAGAACCUGAUGCCUUUGGUAUUGUCCGGUCCAACUGAAACGCCACCUAUCUUGGAUUAUUAUCAUCAGUGUCCUGAUGGCCAGUAUGUUGAUAUUUCAAAACAAUACAAGUAAUAUCAGAAAUUUAUUUGAUAAGAUUACUGCCUUUUAACAGAUUGUACUUGUAACAUGCAAGUAUGUAACAAGAUUUUCUACUGCCUUGCAACAGAUGUACUAUCUUGCAACAGAUAUUUUACUGCCUUGCAACAGAUGUACUCCCUUGCAACAAAUGUUUUACUGGUACUGGGUAUUUAUAUUGCGCAUUUCCCUUAUGGUUAUGUCUUGUAACAGUACUUUACAACAGCUGUUGUACUGUCUUGCAAUAGAUGUUGUACUGUCUAGCAACGAGUGUUUUCCUGCCUUGCAACAGAUGCUCUAAUACUUUGCAAUAGAUGUACUGACUUUGCAACUGUGGUGCAACGUAUGUUGUACUGUCUAGCAAAAUAUGUUGAACUAUCUUGUAAUCAACAAAUGUUGUACUAUCUUGCAACAGAUGUAAUGUCCUGUAGUACAUUACUUUGGAUCUUAAAGCCCCAGUUGAUUCGUUAUUGUAAUGAGUGAUAUGUACUCUUGUUAUAUAAUAACAUGAAUGAAUAAAGAAUGUUUACGUUGUA